GCGCCGGGAUGGGCGUGGCCAGGGGCACGGGAGGGGUGGGGAGCUGCAGUGAACCUCAGCCCAAGGGGCAUAGGCAGCCGGCAGAGGCUUCGGCUUCCUUCAAGGAUUCUGCUUCAUUCACCCUUAAAGUCGCUUCACUCUCCAGGAAGAUCAACACAUUUUCAGCAGUGGGAAUGCACCCGGGGAGUAAGGACCGCGGACUGGCCGCUGCCGUGCUGGACGUGGGUCUGCACCAGGCCCUGGCCCUGACUCACGCAGACCCUGGAGGGCAGAUGCCUGCCGAGCCCACUGCGGGUGACCACAGCCGAGGUGCGACCAGCUGGGUGGCCGGGGAGAGCCCCUGGGCUCCCGAGCACCAGGAUCUGGGUUUAUUCUUCGCAGAGGGGAGGUCUCCCUCUCCUGUGCCUCAGUUCUUCAGCGCCAGGUCUGAUGACCUCUGCUUCACGGAAAACACUCCUCUGCUUCAGAAUUCCUCAAGAGAGAAAGGGUCACGGCUCACACCUGCCUACCAUCCUGAGUUCAUUGCCGAUGUGGAAUCGUGGGAAAACAGCUCGGCCGAAUGGGAGCGGAGAUACCUGCUGGGCAGAGAGGCGGCCGGAUGGUCACCUUGGGCCUCUUCAGGGAAGGAGGAGCUCACAGAGAGCGCACGCCUCAGGGCGCCCCUGCUGAAGCUGAAGCGCUGUGUGAGGUGGCUGAAAGUCGCUGGCCUCUUCGUCUUCGUGGUGCUGUGCUCCAUUUUAUUCAGCCUGUAUCCGGAUCAAGGGAAGUUCUGGCAGCUGCUGGCCGUGUCACCCCUACAAAGCUACUCUGUGAACCUCAGCGGCCACUCAGACUCUACGCUGCUCCACCUCAGCCUGGCGGGGGCGCUGGCCCUGAGUGCACCAAGUCGUCCCGGGAGAGAAGAGCAUGUGGUGGUGGAGGUGACGCAGAUGACUGCUUUGAACUCCAGGCGGCGACAGCCACAGCAGGUUACAGUCACUCACAACUGGACGGUACUUCUAAAUCCAAGAAGAAGUGAGCACUUGGUUGUGAGCAGGACUUUUGCGAUACUGAGCAGAGAAAACGUUUCCGUCAGCAUCCGGAGCUCCUCGCAGCAGAGCCGGGUGGUCCCCCUCCUGCUGUCUCACCAGUACCUGCGAGUCAGCGUCGAGGCCCAAGUGGUCAUCGCAGCGGCCGUCCUCGCGGGGGUCUACACGCUGAUUAUAUUUGAGAUUGUUCACAGGACGCUGGCAGCCAUGCUGGGGGCUCUGGCAGCAUUAGCGGCUCUGUCUGUGAUUGGUGAUAGACCCAGCCUGACCCAGGUGGUGGAGUGGAUUGAUUUUGAGACCCUGACCCUGCUGUUUGGCAUGAUGAUAUUAGUAGCUGUAUUUUCAGAAACUGGAUUUUUCGAUUACUGUGCUGUAAAGGCGUACCGACUCUCCCGGGGGCGUGUGUGGGCCAUGAUCAUCAUGCUGUGUCUCAUCGCCGCUGUCCUUUCUGCCUUCUUGGACAAUGUCACCACAAUGCUCCUCUUCACUCCAGUAACAAUAAGGUUGUGUGAGGUGCUCAACCUUGAUCCAAGACAAGUGCUGAUUGCAGAAGUGAUCUUCACAAACAUUGGAGGAGCGGCCACCGCCAUUGGGGACCCCCCAAACGUCAUCAUCGUCUCCAACCAGGAGCUGAGGAAGAUGGGCCUGGACUUCGCCAAAUUCACAGCACACAUGUUUGUUGGGAUUUGCCUUGUUCUCCUGGUCUCCUUUCCACUCCUCAGACUCCUUUACUGGAACAAAAAGCUUUAUAAUAAGGAGCCGAGUGAGCUUGUUGAACUGAAGCACGAGAUUCACGUGUGGCGACUGACGGCACAGCGCAUCAGCCCAGCCAGCCGCGAGGAGACGGCCGUGCGCAGCCUGCUGCUGCGGAAGGUGCUGGCCCUGGAGCACCUGCUGGCCCAGCGGCUGCACAGCUUCCAGAGACAAAUCUCACAAGAAGAUAAAAACUGGGAGACCAAUAUCCAGGAGCUACAGAAAAAGCACAGGAUAUCAGACAGGAUUCUGCUUGUCAAAUGCCUGACAGUGCUGGGAUUCGUCAUCUUCACGUUCUUUCUCAAUUCGUUUGUCCCGGGCAUCCAUCUUGAUCUUGGAUGGAUCGCCAUUCUGGGUGCCAUCUGGUUGCUAAUUUUAGCUGAUAUCCAUGAUUUUGAGAUAAUUCUACACAGAGUGGAAUGGGCGACCCUUCUGUUCUUUGCAGCACUCUUUGUUCUGAUGGAGGCGCUGGCACACCUCCACCUGAUAGAAUACAUCGGAGAGCAGACUGCUUUGCUAAUAAAGAUGGUCCCAGAGGACCGGCGCCUGGCCGCUGCCAUCGUCCUGAUGCUGUGGGUCUCAGCCUUGGCUUCAUCCUUGAUCGACAACAUCCCGUUCACUGCCACAAUGAUUCCUGUGCUCCUGAGCCUGAGCCAAGACCCUGGGGUCAGCCUGCCUGCCAUGCCACUCAUGUACGCCCUGGCCCUUGGCGCCUGCCUAGGAGGGAAUGGGACGCUGAUUGGAGCAUCUGCAAAUGUCGUCUGUGCAGGGAUUGCAGAGCAGCAUGGAUAUGGAUUUUCCUUCAUGGAAUUUUUCAGUCUGCCCCGGGAUCCUACCUGGCCGAAGCCUCAACCGGUCCGCUCCCCGUGGCUCCUUCCGUGCUUCUUUCCCCAGGGUUGGAGGUUGGGGUUCCCGAUGAUGCUCGUGUCCUGCGCCGUCGGGAUGUGUUACCUCCUCGUGGCUCACGUUGUGCUAGGAUGGAAUUAGUAGCAGUCGCCGUGUGAAGAUGAAGGAAACCAACCCACCGUCAGCGUCAGGCCACAGCCACCCCGACCACCCUGUGAAGAAGUGCGGUGCUUACCCUGGGGCGCUGCAGGUGCUUGGCAAUCAGUCCUCUCGUCCCUUCUCCCUCGGGAACAAAUGCAGGAAAUACAAGAUAAUUUACCCAAGGUUCCCUGACUGGAAGCCACAUGUAUUUUUAAAACAUUUCUUGCUAUUCUAUGUAGGAAAAGAUAAAAAGUCACUUAAAAUAGCUUGCGGUUUGUCACUUCUCUUGAGGCUAAAGAUAGUUUUUCUUCAUGUAAUUGCUUUUCAUGUUAAAAUAAUCAGCAUUCAAAUCAUAUGCCCUGAAUAUAGACUUUCUGAAAAUGUAUGCCACUUGAAAGGAAACAUUUUGUACAUCUAAAAAAAAAUAAAGUGUUACUUAAAAAAAUUA